ACCAGGGUGCUGUGAUAACCCCAUCUAUGGACCUCUCCAUGCCCAUGCAGCCCUCCAGUAUGAUGGCUCCUAUAACACAGCAGAUUAACCACAUGUCCCUGGGAAACACAGGAACCCAGUACAUGUCUGCAGCAGCUGCUCCUAUUCAAGGAACCUACAUUCAUCAGUACACUGCAGUGCCAGCCUCCGCCCUCUCGGUGGACGCAGUGGUGACAGAGGACUCGCCCCGGACUGUACCUCCCUCCUCACAGGUCCCUAAUGGACAGCCACCCCUGGACAACGACUCACCUGCCUACUCCUACCAACAGACUAAAUAACAGGAGGAUGAGGAGCGAUUGUUCCGGUAACUGCAUUGCCCUGAGACAGGGGCUCCACUGAAGCACUGGAGGGAGGAAAACAAUGGAGGAAAAAAAGGACGACAAUGCACAGGCAUCAAAAAAAAAACGUUGUUUUAUCUGUCCUGAGAGAGAGAGAGAGAGAGAGAGAGAGAGAGAGAGAGAGAGAGACAGAGACAGAGACAGAGACAGAGACAGAGACAGAGAGAUGCAGAUAAAGUCUCAGAUGAUGGACAGGUGCAAUAUGGGACAUUGAGUUUAUUGAGUGGCCAGCAUGAAACUGGAGUCGUCCUUCGAAAAAGAAAAGAACAAAGUCAAAAACAUAUAUAAAAAGAACAGACAAAAAAAAAAGAACUUUAAAAGGAACAAACAGACAAAAAUCCAUGUGAAUGUGCAGGUAGGUUUUCAGAUCAUGAGAGUUUUUUAAUAGGAGGCAAAGUUCCAGAGAAAAAACAAACAAAUUAAACGGUUGUCUUCCUUUGCUAUUAAGCUACUAUAUUUUUUAUUAUUUUCAUGAUUUAAAAUUGUAAAGUUUUCUAGAGAACAAAAAAAAAGAAAAGUUAAAUCUUUUUUUUGCCUUAAUUUCUCAGACGUUGGAAACUCGUCCGGUUCAUUCGUCUAAAAUUGUUUAAAACAUCUGUAAAAAAUAAAAUGACUGAGUGCAUAUCAAGAGGCUUCAGAUGGUUCAAGAUAAACCAAGAUUAAAUCUAUGGACGUUAAUGUACAGGUUAUAAAGAGAAGUGUAUGAAGAAGAUUUAAAAUGAUGUGGUUUGUAGUCAUUUGUGUUUGGGGGAGAAGAGAAUCUCCAUGGUGAUAGUAGGUGGGAGGGGACAAGAAAAAUAUAGAACCGCUGUAUUGUGGGAAAUGCAGUUUAUCGAUGAAAAAAUGUUUUGGUUACUUAACAUGGCAUUAGUGUGUUUUUACUUGCAAUAUUUUUUUUUACAAAGUUCUACAGUUUCUUUUGUUGCCUGCUUUUGCUUCUCUCAUCGCAAAACAAGAAAUGAAACAAAAACAUCCAAAAAGUAAACUUCCAGUGAAAACGUAUAUAGAUAAGAGUUUCUAUGUACAAAGGGACAUGUGUUCAAAAUAUAGCAAUAGUUUUAAAGAAAUUGGUGACAAUUUUCUUUAGUCUUUUUAUAGCUGUGGAUCAAAUGCAGCCAACAGACAACAGCUUUUAUACCACAGAAGAACAAACAGGUAGAGACAGUGGAGUAGAUCGAGAGAUUUUUUUUUUUUUUUAUUCAUAUUUUAACUUUUCCAUUUUGGCUUUCUUGCUUUUGUUGUAUGAUGCACUGUCCAUUAGAUGGUUUGAGGGUUGGACCUGUGGGCGUUGGACUCUUCCCAUUGGCUCUGCUGGGGUUGAGGUGUUCAUAGGGUUCUACCAUUGGUGCAGUCAUGUGUCACUCAUACCUUCAGCAACAAGGUGUGUAAACAGGUCAGAGAAGUGUGUCACAGAGAAAGCUCAGUUUUAUCAUAACCCUUCUACAAGGGAGAGAAAUCUGGUAGAGAAACAGAGUAAAUCCUUCAGUCCCUGAUACAGUGAGGACGGUUAAUCCAAUGUAAAACCACACAAUCUCUCUUCAUUUACCGCUGCAAGGACAGCCACUGUUAUAACAAACACAAACCGUGUUACAGGACGUAAAGCUCAUCCGCUGAGCCCCGUUACUGAAGGGAUAGGAUACUACCGUCUGCAUAGACACCAGGCUAGUUUCUUAUCUGGCCAUCUCUAGCUAUCUUGUCUGAGACAUAGACACCAGGCUAGUUUCUUAUCUGGCCAUCUCUAGCUAUCUUGUCUGAGACAUAGACACCAGGCUAGUUUCUUAUCUGGCCAUCUCUAGCUAUCUUGUCUGAGACAUAGACACCAGGCUAGUUUCUGGUAUCUUAUCCGGCCAUCUUUAGCUAUCUUGUCUGAGACAUAGACACCAGGCUAGUUUCUUAUCUGGCCAUCUCUAGCUAUCUUGUCUGAGAGAGGAUAAAAGAAAAGUAAAAUAAAACAAAACUUUUUUUUAUGUUUGUGUUGCAAUUUUUUGAGAAUUGACUUUAAUGUGUUAGCUGCUAUACAAGUGUUCAGUAUUGGGGAGCCAGUCAGCCAAUCAGAACUCUAGUGUUGGCUGGGGGGGGGGGGGGGUUGUUUUAGAGACAUCUCGAAGCUUCAUGCAAAAAGCAUCAUUGUAGAUUUAACGAUGGUAUAUCCAAGAUCGAGCCUCGUGAUAACUGUACUGUAUACUGUACAGUACAAUUCUGAUUACAGUACCACCAAGGAGGCUGAUUGGCUGAUUACAGCACCACCAAGGAGGCUGAUUGGCUGAUUACAGUACCACCAAGGAGGCUGAUUGGCUGAUUACAGUACCACCAAGGAGGCUGAUUGGCUGAUUACAGUACCACCAAGGAGGCUGAUUGGCUGAUUAAAGUAACACCAAGGAGUCUGAUUGGCUGUCUGUCCUGAGCUCACACCUUGUAAAUCUACCCACGUAACCUGACUCUACAUAACGGGAAGUUAAGCUUUUGGAGAUAUAAUGUUGAGGGGGAAGAAAAAAAACAUUAAAACAACAUUCAACCAAAAUUCAGCGAUAACAGAAAAAACCUCUUGGAAAAUGAAUGAAAUAAUUGAGAGAGGAAAAAGAUGAAAGCGAACCUUUUUUGUUUCCGGGUGUUUAGAAGAAGAUGACGCAACAGGAAGCAGUUCUAUGAUGAUUCUGUUGAGUUGCUGCAGACGGUCGUGUAAUACCUCACUUCCUCCAGCUGGGAUCCUGACAGGAUGUUUAGAUCAGUGGGUUCAACCUUUUCUCAUUUCUAUUUGGUUUCAAUUUUAAUAAAAAAAUGUUUUGAAAAUAA